AUGUCUCCCACCAGCUCCCGAUCCUCAUCAAUGUCAUCCGGCUCGAGAGCCAGCUCAAAGUCUCCCCCCGACCCAGCGAAGAAGAAAUUUGGCUGUACCUUUCCGGCAUGUGGAAAGGCGUUUUCAAGAUCAGAGCAUCUUCAUCGUCAUGCCUUGAACCAUAAAGAAGGAAAUAAUACAUAUAGGCAUAUGGCGCGUCACAAGGAAAAGGACGACGAGGCUGGGGGAGAGGGGUUAGGAGUCCUAGCGACGAGGAAGAGGCUUUGGAGAGAUGAGAAUGGGAGCAUCGUCAACUCAAGAAGACCAACAUAUACGCAAGAAGGCGCCAAACGAAGACAGUCCAACCGCCCGGCGAGAAAGCCCUCCAGCGAUGAAGGAAGAUCGACAUCUUCCUCCUGCUCCUCACCACACCCACUGACGCCGGCCUGUCUACUUACCCCAAUUUCCCACAACCAAUCGCCAGCAUUGUCCACCAUCAUCGUCGAUAGCGGCAUCCCAGACAACACAUGCCAUCGGCCAUCCGAAACCCAAAUACCACAUGAUAGUCUCAAUCAAACGCACGACUCCUGGCUCGCCCCCGUAGUAAUUGACAGCGCGCUCCCCUCUCCACCAUUCCUCUCACCCACCCUCCACUCCGCAGACCAAAGCCCCAGCGCCGAACUAUCAGAAUUCGACGCCCUAUACGAAGACACGACCUGGCCACACAUUAGCACCCAGGAGGGCCUACCUCCCCUCAGCAACUCCCACCCCUCCACAUCCACCACAAGCCCCAUCCUAGGAGCCGGCGAGUCCAGCAACCCCUGGGCAGCCCAGCAACCUUUCCAAACCUUCAUGGGGGCACCCAUGGGCGAGGAGCUCCCCUACGACGACAUCUUCAAACCAGAACCAGGCAUGUACGAGUGGCAGGCAUGGAACAGUCACGUGCUGAUGAGCCGGUGUCGGGAAGAGAAAGCAGACGAAGUAGGGGAGCGAAGGAGGGAAUGGGGAGCGGGCGACGGAGCGGGAUAUAUGAGGCAGGAUGAAGAAGCGUUUAGAAGAUCUUUUGUUGGGAUGGGGACUUGUUAG